AUGGUAAACGUAAUUGAGUGGACCAGAUUGGAGGAACAAAGCAUUAAAGGUUUGUUCACAACUCAAUUUGAAGUGAAUAUUGAAUUCGAAGCACAUUCCAUAUCAGACAAUGACUAUAAUGGGAUAAAGAAAUUACUACAACAGUUGUUUCUAAAAGCUCCUGUUAACACUGCUGAAUUAACUGAUAUAUUAAUACAACAGAAUCAUAUUGGAAGUAUUAUCAAGCAAGCAGAAGUCCAAGAAGACAGUAGUGACGAUGAUGACGACGACGAUGAUGAAGUCUUUGGUUUUAUAAGCUGCUUAAACUUAAUGGAAAGGAAGGGUACACAGUGUGCUGAACAAAUCAAAGAACUGAUUCUAAGUCGGUGUGAGAAGAGCUGUGAACAGCAUGUAGUUGAACAACUGAAUAAGCUCCUAAAUGACAAUACUAAGCCUGUGGGUCUUCUACUAAGUGAAAGAUUCAUUAAUGUACCACCGCAGAUUGCUCUGCCGAUGCACCAGCAGCUUCAGAAAGAGUUGACUGAGGCACAGAGAACAAACAAACCUUGUGGAAAGUGCCACUAUUAUCUUCUUAUCAGCAAGACCUUUACAGAAGCCACAAAGAGCAAUUCUAAGAGGAGGGAAGGGAGAAGUCAACAAAAGGAGGAAUUAAUGUUUGCAAAUGCAGAGGAAGAAUUCUUUUAUGAGAAAGCCCUUCUGAAGUUCAACUUCUCUGUGCAAGAGGAAAGUGACACCUGUUUGGGUGGCAGAUGGUCCUUUGAUGAUGUACCAAUGAAACCUUUGCGGACUGUUAUGAUAGUUCCAGCUGAUGGAAUUAAUGUAAUUAUGGAUAAACUCAAAGACUAUCUCUCGCUCUGAACUUUGCUAUAAACACCAUUUUUUAUAAAGCAGCCAUGCAGAAUUAUGACUUCACAGUAUUUUCAGAAGACUGCUAUUGAGUUAGUGGUUUUGUACUGCCCAAAUGCUUCCUCUGUACACUUAGAAGACAACUAGGUGGUACAACUGCAAAUAUCCAUCAAAUUAAUAUUUUUAAAUAUUGUAUCUUCUUAUAGUUUGGUAUCAUCAUUAAGCAGUCAAUAAAAACCCAAUGUCACAAGGAAA